AUGGCUCCCGCGGCUCCACUCUUCCGCUUCGCGUCCUUUUCGAUCACGAACCAAAUCUUCUACCAGUCGAGUCUGUCGUUGGCGUUGGUCAAUCUCAAACCAUUGGUACCGGGUCGUACGUUCAUCUAUGCGCUCUCUUGACCCCUGAUCAUGAACGGGAAGGAUACUGAUCACCUUGAAGGUUUUCGAUUCGCAGACGUGUUGGUGAUCCCCAAACGAGUCGUCCCUCGGUUCGGCGAACUCACAGCGGACGAAACGACGGACCUGUUCCUCUCCGUUCAACAGGUCGCUAGAGUGAUUGAGAAGGAGUAUAAAGCACAGUGAGUUAUGCAUACUACGGCCUCUCUACCUGUUCUUUGGUGAGCAAGGAACGCUAAGCCGUUCUUGCCCCCCCACACACACGUGUGAGCAGAUCGAUGAAUAUCGCCGUUCAAGACGGUGCAUUGGCAGGGCAGAGCGUGCCUCAUGUGCAUGUGCAUUUGAUGUGAGCCGGCGAACGAGCGGCUCUUCGAAAGUAGUCAAUCGUGGAACUGAGUCGAGAGGUGUUCUUUCUCGCGAACUCACAGUCCUCGGAGGAAAGAUGAUUUCGAACCCAUGGAUGAGGGUCAGUUUGCCGAGACUCGGGGGGGUUGCAUGAUCCGCUUCCUCGACCGCGCCAAGGUCAUAACUACCGCACCACCGAAACCUCGUACUCAUUCCAUCCGAAUUCACACCUACAGUCUACACCGCUCUCGACUCGGCCAACAUGGCCGCGGACUACCUAGCUCGUCAAUCGAGAACUGAUCGGAAGAAAGUGUUUGGCGUCGAUGAUGAGGAUCGAAAACCUCGUAGCAAGGAGGUGAUGAAGGAGGAGGCGAGGAGGUUGAGUCUGUUAUUCCCGGAAGGGAACCGCGGGGUUUUUACGGAGGGGGGUGGGGAAGAGUGA